GGGAUUCUGCUGGACCUGCCUGGGGGUCACCUUUGGGGUCUGGGACCCCAGCCGAGGGGGCACAACCGUCCCUGGCAGUGGUUGGUUCUGCUUCUCCCUGCAGAAAAGCAGCAUUUUCGGAAGCUGAAGAAUAAGCUAGCCCAGCCACACCACCUUGUUGAGUGACCUUGGGCAGGUGGUUCUGUCUCUCUGAGCCUCUGUUUCCCUCUGAGCUCAGCAGCCACCAUGGCUGAUGGUCAGAUGCCCUUCUCCUGCCACUACCCAAGCCGCCUGCGCCGAGACCCUUCCGGACUCUCCCUCUCCUCUCGCCUGCUGGAUGAUGGCUUUGGCAUGGACCCCUUCCCAGACGACUUGACGGCCUCUUGGCCCGACUGGGCUCUGCCUCGUCUCUCCUCCGCCUGGCCAGGCACCCUAAGGUCUGGCAUGGUGCCCCGGGGCCCCACUGCCACCGCCAGGUUUGGGGUACCUGCCGAGGGCCGGACCCCCCCGCCCUUCCCUGGGGAGCCCUGGAAAGUGUGUGUGAAUGUGCACAGCUUCAAGCCAGAGGAGUUGAUGGUGAAGACCAAAGAUGGAUAUGUGGAGGUGUCUGGCAAACACGAAGAGAAACAGCAAGAAGGUGGCAUCGUUUCUAAGAACUUCACAAAGAAAAUCCAGCUUCCUGCAGAGGUGGAUCCUGUGACAGUGUUUGCCUCACUUUCCCCAGAGGGUCUACUGAUCAUCGAAGCUCCCCAGGUCCCUCCUUACUCAACAUUUGGAGAGAGCAGUUUCAACAACGAGCUUCCCCAGGACAGCCAGGAAGUCACCUGUACCUGAGAUGCCAGUACUGGCCCAUCCUUGUUUUGUCCCCAACCCUAGGGCUUCUCUGAUUCCAGGGUACAUUACUUUAGCUGAACUCAGAUUUAGUGCAAGUAAAAUGUUGGGGGGUGCGGGGGUGGGGACUGACCACAGAUUCCCUGGAUAGUGUAGUGGUAGAUUUUUCCACAAGAUAGCGCAAUUGGCAAACCAUGCUUGGUUGCGUUAGGACAAAAUCCUAGUUUUUCUUUCUUUACCUUUUCUAUCUUGAUGAAAAUGUUGCACAUUCUAUAGUUGCAAAACACAUAAAAGGGGACUUAACAUUUCACGUUGUAUCUUACCUUGCAGUGAAUGCAAGGGUUACUUUUCUCUGGGGACCUCCCCCAUUACCCAGGUUCCUACUCUGGACUCCCAAUUCCCAUGGCUCCCAAACCAUGCUGCAUGGUUUGGUUAAUGAAAUCCAGUAGCUAACCCCACUGUACUUCCACAUGCCUGGCCUACAAAGGGUGAUAUACAGGUCUUAUAUCCCUAUACGGAAUUUGUCCAUCAAUCACAUAAAAACAAACAGUGCCUUCUGCCCUCUGCCCAGAUAUUUCCAGCAUGUUCCCAAGGUUUCCAAGUUAGCCUUCCCUAAGGACUCUGGGAGCCUCUCAGUUUAUGAUCUGGCCAAGGUCCCCAUUUUCUUCUGUCCCCUAUGUUUAAGUCGGGAUUUUUACAGAGGGAGCUGUCUCCAGACAGCUCCAUCAGGAACCAAGCAAAGGCCAGAUAGCCUGACAGAUAGGCUAGUGGUAUUGUGUAUACGGGAGGGACGUGUGUGUCAUUGUUAUUUGAGUUAUGCUGUUGUUUAGGGG